CUUGUGAAAUGGCCCGAGGCUUCUCUUCGUCGCGGGUGGCGGGACCCGCGGCUUCUACGGCCAGCAACGAGUCUCUGGGUGCCUCGCGCGUAUGGACGCCUCUGCGCGAGAACUACUUCGAGCCUCCGCUGCUCUCGUCGCGUGAGCGCGCGUACCUCGUGCGCAAAUCAUGCGAGGCGGCUCAGGAGCUCGUGGAACGCGCACGCAGCGCCAGCGGGCCUAUCGCAUGGCGCCACGUAGAGAAGGACAAUGGCGUACAGAUCUAUGCGGGCUCUCCGCGCUCGACAGCCACCGGCGCGGCCCUCACCGCCGCCAGUAUGUGUGGCGUGACCAGUGUGCCGGGCACCGUGAAGGAGGUGGCGUCACUCUUCCAAUUAGGCUCGACACGACAGAUGAAGGAGUUCGCUAGAGCGCAUCGAGAAUGGUUCUACGACGGCGUGGUGUUGCAUACCCUGGCUCCUCGGACAAAGGAAAAGCCUUUGCACCAAGUGACAGCCAAGUGGAUGGUUGUGCAGAUGCCACACGGUUUGCCACAUCGCGAUUUCUGCUACUUGGAGUGUCAAGACAAGUUUAUCGAUGCCAGAGGACGCAAAGGGUGGGUUCUGGGCCAACACUCGAUCAAAUUACCCGGUUGUGACGACCUGAAGAAAGAAUUCGGACUUGUGCGUGGCAGUUUGUACCAUUCCGGCUUCGUAUUGGUGGAAAGUGAAGAGCGACCGGGUCAUGUGGAUGUGAUUCACCUCGUGCAACUGAAUUUGAAGGAACACACUCCUGUGCCCGCCAGUUUAUUGCGAAUGCGCGUGUUGUUCGUCGCCCAGCGAUACUUGAGCGACCUGGAGCUGGUCCCCAGGAAGUACAGAGCCAGAUGUGCCGUGUGUCAGGACUCGUUCUCGCUCUUAUUAUUGAGGAAAAUGAACUGCCGCAAGUGUGGAGAAGUUGUCUGUGCUGCCUGUAGCAAGGAAUUCCCCAUUGAGAACCGCAACUUUGCGGCGACGAAUGGAGGCGACGAGGUGCGUAAACUACGCAUCUGUAUGCACUGUUUCCAGGUGAUUACGAACGCCCCCAAGCCCACGUCGGCUCUGGUUGAACCGCCACAUUCCUCGACCAUGUCGAUGAGUUUCUUGGGGUAUCAUGAUGAUGACAGACGCGCGUCAUUUAUGACGUCGCGUGUAGGUGGGCGUCAUGGCCACAGAGAGGAGGAAGCGCCCAAGAUUUUCUUGCAGUCCAUGCGACGUGAGAAACCUUCAAGUCGCCGGAUGUCCAGCACGUCGCCGAUUCCUGGCUUUGGUGCGGACUUUCCGCCCUCGACGUCGCGUCAUCGCUCACGUGGACAACCCCCCGAUGCUGAUCUGUAUAGACGAUCGCAGAGAUACCAGCAACAACAACAGGACUACAGUCGCUCACGUGAUCACCGUGGCAGUCAACGUAUGCGGCCUUCUGACUUCCGACCAAGCCAGAGUUUGUCGCUGGAUGACCCUAUUGCUAGAGGAGAAGGACGCAUCACAUUGCAGAUGCCAGGACCGCCUGCUGUACCGUCUCCCGCCUCGAUUUUCGACCGUCCGGUUCCUGGAGCGUCACGACGUCCGCCGAAUGGGAUUCCACGCAGUCAAAGUAGCGACAUGCUGCUAGGAAAUGGCCGCAAUAUGAGCAACUUCAGUCGUUUACAGGAGCUCAGUAGUCGCGAACGUCUAGAGCAACUACAGCGUCAGGACAACUACAUGAGCCGCUCCAGUAGCGACCACCGCAUGCCCGACGCGUACAUGUCUGCGCUGCAGCAAGCCAGUCGCGACAAACACGACUUUGACGCUCCUCCGAUGUACCACGCUCCACCCAGCGACUUUGGUGCGUAUGGUGCGACGUUGGCUGACCACGCGGUGAUUCCGGACUUCGGGCCGUACGAUGCGACGCUGGACGACCCGAACGCGCCGCCUCCGCUGGAAAUGAGUGCGCUGACGACGUCUGCGUCGACUAUUCCGAUUGAACUAAACAGUAUGAGCAUGGCUGCCAUGCCGCCCACUGCUCCUAGAGACGGCGGACGCGACCACGAGCUGCUGCGUCAACGCGAACGUGAGAUCGAGCAGCGACGUUCGUCGACUAGCUCGGACUCUUCUGCCAGUUCUAUCGACAUUGACACCUUCGUUGCUGCGAUGGAAAACGACAUGAAAGCAGCGAAUAUCUACGACACGGACGAAGACUCAGAGACGUCUAUGGGGGCGUCGGACGAUGAAGAAGAGCGUCGUGUCAGCGCCAAGCUUUCCACGUUGUCCAGUGCUCUGUCUCGUAAGCCCGUCGAUGAUGAUGUUGAGGAGACGAAAGCUCAGGAAUUCGCUGAAACGCCUGCGCUGCCGCCUCCGUCGCCUUCGGCUCAUACUGCUACACGUAAUGUGCUAGAGCGCCCGUCCAUUGCGAACUCGUUGGUAGGCUCGCAAUUGGCGCCUCCCUUUACUGACAACACACAAGCCGUGGCUCCUAAGAAGACUGGGGUAGUUGAGGUAGACCUGAUUGACCGCGAUCAACAGCUGCAACGCUCGAAAGUGGAAGACUUGAUCGAUUAUGAGUAUGACCAGACGAAUAUAGCCAAGAAACGCGAUGAACACGUAUCGGAGACAUCUCCAGGAUGCGAUGAAGAUAAACAAGUGGAUCGUUUGGCCAGGAAGUACUCGCUACACGGGCAGAUGGAGGCUCCCACUGACGGACAGCAGUCUGAGUCGGACGAUGAGGCGAUCCUCAACACGGUGGGCUGCGAUAUGAACUACUUGGAUGCCGACAUGCGUCAGUUCCACGACCAAUCACUCAUUAUUCGUCAGAGCCAUGACGGUGGUGCGUCCCAAUCGAACGAUGAGAUGUCUCCGUACGAGCGCAUGCCGACGUCUCCCAAGACCAAGAGUGGUAAAGCUUUAGAUCUGGCGAUACCCUCACGUCCUACUAUCAAUCGUGAAGGUACUUUCGCUCUCGAAAACAUGUCGGUGGACGAACGGCAGCGAUCCACGAACACUCGUGCUGGUUCUGCCAACCGCGUGGUGCUGGGCCCCAGUGAACUAAGCGACAAGAGUUCGCCCUCGACCACACGUACCGACGACCGCUUUGCUACUGGUGUGAGUCUCGUUUCAACUGCUGUAGACGGCGCUGCUGAUGAUUUGGCGUUCAAAGGAGCUCAACGUGGCUACGAAGUCCCUCGCGACAGGCUAGCGCCAGUAGAAGAUGACUCGACACCUCCUGUUAUUCCCAUGUCGAUGAUGCUGGCGGCGGACACGCUGCAGACCAGCGGUGAUGAGGUUUCAGAGAGCCGCGCUCGUGCAUCCAGCAGAAUCUCCUUCUCCUCGGUCCCUAGCAGCAGUGCACGUGGCAGCAGUAUCUGUAGUAUGGGUCUGGAUGCGAUAACGCCGCCGGCAACGCCACCGUCUGCCUCGCCUGUCGCUAUUGAAAGGCUCUCAGCAACGUCAGCAUCAUCACCUGCUGCCUUGGACCUCGCAACUUCUACGUCUCCUAGCUUCAACGAGGCUAUCAUCCCGCCACGAAGCAACAGUACUGCGCCGGCGUAUCUUCCUGAUCGUUUCCGCGCGGCAGAGCAACAGACACCGCCUAAAGAGGAGCCGACCACCUCGACCGCUUCGAGUACGCCAAGACAGAGCACCGACAGCAGCUCCGCUCUGGACAACUUUCAAUUGAACUUCUCGGCUUCUUUCAAUGCGCAUCAGCAGCAGAAAGCACAAGCUGGUGGUGUCACCGAGGACGCUUCACGCUUGCAACAAGAUGAGCGCAAUCGGGCGAGCAGUGCCAGCAGCACGGGCAGCAACGACGUGCAGGUGUUCCGCUACCAGUCGGUUGGAUCGUCAGUACUGGACACCGUCCCCGCCUCGGGUGUGUCAGAAGAUGAGGAUAGCGAGGACGAGAGUAUGCUGCUGUCGGCACGCCAAUUGUAUGGACGGUUCGGCAACACGAAGCAACUGUCGAAACUUGGCGGCGAUCGUCCUGGAUUCCAGCACACACUCAGCCAAAUCCAGCAAAGUUUCGACGAACUAUCAAGUGACAGCGAGGACGAGGAGAAAACGCCUGCAACCCAAGUGGCCGGACGUCGGCGGUAGACUGCGGAGGGUCUGAGGGUGACAAUUAUCACAGGAAAGUCUGGUUCGUGUAAAUGAUCGUGUAGAUGUCGUUCAUAGGGUCCAUUUUGCAUCAGCAAUUUAGAGGAUUUCUGCCCUUUUCUUUUAAAAAAAAUUGUGCACAGCUA